GUUCUUCAGGCUAGCUAACCCGUCCGCAACGACCGGCUUGACUCUGGCCCUGACAUUGUACCGGGGCUCUCUGGCGCUAGGCAACCCGUGAUAUAACCGAAAUGCAUGCGGGGUUCAAGUAAAUGGAGCAGCAGAUCAGCAGAGACUCGUAUCUCUCCGGAGAAGCCCGAGCUCAAGGCCAACCGUUUCUAGGCAAACGCUUCGUCGCGCUGUUGUUUACCGUUUCCAGGGAACCGCCGUCGUCCGGGUGACAGUUCGUCUUGUGCACAGUCAUCCGCACACAAUGCCGCACGCAUACAUGUCCGUCCGCCAGCACAGCGGCCAUUUGGACGUCACAAUCGAACGACGAACGGCGCUUCUGGGGACAGUCACGCACUAACUUCAUACCAUCGUAGUCACAGUUGCUAAGCGCUAGAAGUGAAACGUUCGCACAAGAGUACCGAGAUAGUGAACAACGAGGGAACGACUGAAAAAUGGCCCCAGUGAACGAAACGGAAAACUACGACUACGAUCUGGUGGUCAUCGGUGGCGGUUCCGGCGGGUUGGCCUGUGCGAAGCAGGCUGUCCAGCUGGGUGCUAAGGUGGCGGUGCUGGACUUUGUGAAACCAUCUCCCCAAGGAACGCGCUGGGGACUCGGUGGAACUUGCGUCAACGUAGGCUGCAUUCCGAAGAAGCUGAUGCAUCAGGCGGCCCUGCUCGGUGAGGCCAUCCACGAUGCGCAACCGUACGGUUGGCAGUUUGCCGAUCCGGCCUCGGUACGUCACGAGUGGACCAAGCUGACGGAAUCCGUCCAGAAUCACAUCAAAUCGGUGAACUGGGUAACGCGGGUGGACCUGCGGGAGCAACGAGUGGAGUACAUAAACGGACUCGGUUUCUUCCGCGAUGCGCACACGGUGGUGGCACGUAUGAAGAACGGAACGGAGCGAGAGCUACGCACCAAGUACGCACUGAUAGCGGUCGGUGGAAGACCACGUUACCCGGAUAUUCCCGGUGCCGUUGAGUACGGUAUCACGAGUGACGAUGUGUUCAGUUUGCCGCAUGCCCCGGGUAAAACCCUUCUCGUUGGGGCCGGCUACAUUGGACUCGAGUGUGCGGGAUUCCUGAAGGGUCUCGGCUAUGACGUCACGGUUAUGGUACGCUCGAUAUUGCUCCGUGGAUUCGACCAGCAGAUGGCUACUAUGAUUGGUGAUUCGAUGGUGGAGAAGGGCAUCAAGUUCCACCACAAAUCGCGUCCACUGGCUGUGGAAAAGCAGGCCGAUGGUCGGUUGGUCGUGCGCUACGAAACGGAGGGAGGCCCCGGUGGUGAGGACACCUUCGAUACGGUGCUCUUUGCGAUCGGUCGCCAGGCGGAGACGGCUACGCUGCAACUCGACCUGGCCGGUGUCGUAACGGCCAACGAUGGUAAAUCGGAUAAGCUCGACGUAGAUGGUACGGACCAUCAGACCAACGUGAAGAACAUUUUCGCCGUCGGAGAUGUGCUGUAUGGUAAACCGGAACUAACGCCGGUUGCGAUCCAUGCCGGACGUAUCAUCGCACGUCGGCUGUUCGGUGGAUCGGAUGAAACCAUGGACUACCAGGACGUCGCAACGACCGUCUUCACACCACUCGAGUACGGGUGCGUCGGAUUGAGCGAGGAAGCGGCCGAAGCAGCUCAUGGCAAGGAUAACAUCGAGGUGUACCACGCGUACUAUAAGCCGACCGAGUUCUUUGUGCCGCAGCGCUCCGUCCGCUAUUGCUACCUGAAGACGGUAGCACUGCGCGAAGGAGAUCAGCGUGUGCUGGGGCUCCACUUCUUGGGACCAGCCGCUGGUGAGGUGAUUCAAGGAUUUGCCGCAGCACUCAAGUGUGGGCUGACAAUGAAUGCUCUACGCAACACCGUCGGCAUACAUCCGACGGUGGCCGAAGAAUUUACGCGCCUUUCGAUCACCAAGAGCUCCGGACUCGAUCCAACUCCGGCCACUUGCUGCAGUUAAAUGGAUAAAGAUGCGGUGCGGGGAAUCAUGGGAAGACAUCAUGGCACCAGGAACAGUAGAGGCGAAAUAGUAUUAGAACCAUUCCUUAAAGGACCACCAGCACCUGUCCAUCAUCGGCUAUGUCAUGGCCAUGGUUGAUUCAACAGCGACGGAAGGAAGUUAGCAACCGCAUACUUUGUCGGUACAACACUCAAUCACCAGUUCACUUCAUUCUCAGCCGCAAUUCCGGCUUUAAAUUGCCUGCUAAUCGAGAUUAGGUUUGAUGAUUCAGAACUUCGAACAAAUCUGAAUCCUCUUUAAACUCGCUAAACAGCAGUGGUGCGUUAAAAUAUUCUUGAAAUAACUCAUCAAUAGUAUUAUUGAAAAAGUAAAUAUGUGUGUUCCUUGUUAUGAAUAUGAAUGAGGCUUUUGUAGAUGCAAGUAAUAAAUUAAAUUAUCUACA